AUGGAGACAGCCGACGUGGAGGUGGGGUUUGCGAAGCUUCAGGGCGAGGAUUUUGAGUAUUACAUGCAGACAUACUCCAUCAUGCUUGGCCGUAAUUCUAAGAAAUCCACCGUCGACGUUGACCUCUCGUCCCUCGGCGGUGGGAUGAACAUCUCGCGUAACCACGCUCGGAUCUUUUACGAUUUCACGCGCCGCCGAUUCGCCCUCGAGGUCCUCGGCAAAAACGGCUGCCUCGUCGAAGGCGUCCUCCAUCUUCCCGGAAACCCUACCGUUAAGCUCGACUCGCAAGACCUCCUCCAGAUUGGAGACAAGGAAUUUUACUUUUUGCUUCCUGUCCGGAGCCUCCUUGGCGGACCGGUGGGACCCAGGCACGUCGUCUCAGGGCAUACUAGCGCCGGGCCACUCGUUCCAUACCACCAAUACCAUUCGGGGCCGGGUUCUGGGUCAGGCAAGAAAGAGAGGAAGGGAGAGGGAAUAGGAAGGGUAGAUCGUGAAGCUGACGAUCAGCAAGUUUUGCAGCUGGAGGAGAAAGAUGUUGUGUCAUCUGUUGCCAAUGUGCUUUCUGAUCUGUGUGGUCCUGGAGAGUGGAUGCCUAUGGAGAAGCUUCAUUCUGUGAUACAAGAGAAUUAUGGGAAUGUAUGGCAUCACAGCCGGGUAAGGAGAUACCUGACAAUGGAGGAGUGGGCAAUACCAGAAGCAAAGGGAAAAGCGUGGUACGGGCUGCUGAUGCUGCUGACAAAGUACCCAGAGCAUUUUGUCAUAAACACGAGGUCAAAGGGCAGGCUCACUCUUGAGUUUGUCUCCCUUGUUUCGCUACUCUCCUGA